AUGGCAAUUUUUAAAGUACUUUGUUUGAUUGGGUUUGUGCUGUUAAGUUCUGGCUAUGCCCGUAAGCAUGAAGCUAGGCAUGGCUCGCGGUUUCGUCAAGACUACGGUUUCCACAGGUAUAAGCACAUCUUGAAACGACAUGGAAGUGUGGACGGGAAUCCAAAUUAUGGAGGAUCCACUCAACGAACGAGUACAGGUGUUGCCGAAGUCCGGACGAAAGGUAAUGAUAACUACAGAUGUCUCAUGAUUUUAGUCACAUAUGUGAUGAAUGUUUCCAAGUCUAUAACUACAGGGCCCAGUUUUUCGAAUAGUAACACUACAUCAAUAAGAAAUUAUUCUUACUGGACCUUUUGAAAGAACGGAUAGACAAGAACUCUUGUCAAGUUAUAUUCACAAUUAAAAGCUUCCAACAAAAAUUUCCUUUUUUCCUUCAACAGGAGCUCUUGAAUUUCUUCCAAGCUUCGAGACAUUUCAGUCAGGAGAGAUUAAUGGCGGAGUUGAAUUUAAAGUAACCGAGGAUUGUAGUGUUACCGUCAGUAAGACUGCAACCCUCUACCAAUUUGGUUCAAACCCCCCUGAUUGUGUGAACCUUGCGAUCUUGCUGGAUUUCGUCCUUCCUAAUGGCAAAGCUAACUUCGAAUUCGACAAUUUCAUGACCCUCGAGCGUAUUAUCAUUAGGACGUUUUCCUUGGAUACCGCCACAAAACAAGUGGAUAUCGCUGCAGCUUACACCGGCACGGCAACGCUUAUCAAGAACAUUCUCACAAUGUCUAAUCUUCGUGUGGAGUUGUCAUUCGUCUGGGCUCAGUCACAAACAUUUACGUUUGAUAUCAGUGGGACGUUUUCCAUCGGGAACGUACCAGUUGAUGUGAGAUUGAUUCGCAAUGAGGAAGGUAAAUGACACUACCACCACCUUAUUAACCAUUAUCACUCCCAUCGUUAUCAUCACCAUCGUUAUCAGUAUCAUCAUUAUCAUUGUUAUCACCAUCAUCACAUGAUUAUCAUGCUAUCGCUAUGAUCACCAUUGCUAUCAUUAUCAUCGUUAUCACCAUCAUUGUCAUCGAAUCCAUCAUCAUAGUGUCGGUAUAAUCAUCAUCGCUAGCAUCAUUAUCAUCGUUAUCAUCAUCAUCACAUUCAUCAUUAUGGUGUUGGUAUAAUUACCAUCGGUAUCAUCACUACUAUCAUUAUUAUCGCUAUCAUCAUUAUCGCUAUCAUCAUCAUCACAUCUAUCAUCAUGGUGUCGGUAUAAUCAUUGCUUUCAUCAUUAUCAUCGUUAUCAUCAUCAUCACAUUUAUCAUUAUGGUGUCCGUAUGAUCACCAUCGCUAUAAUUUUCAUCGUUAUCAUCAUCAUGGUGUCGGUAUAAUCAUCACCACUAUCAUUAUCAUCGUUAUCAUCAUCACAUCCAUCAUAAUGAUGUCGCUAUGAUCACCAUCGCUAUCAUCACCAUCAUUAUUAUCCUUAUCAUCAUCAUCACAUCCAUCAUGAUGUUGAUGAUAGCGAUGUUGACGAUGAUGUUGAGAGUGAUUGAUGAUGGUGAUUUUCAAUAUCCUUUUCUCAUAACUGGUAUCUUUUCCCAAAUCUUCCUUUAUCCAUCACUUUCGUAGUCUACCACGUCGUUUUCCAUCUUCAUUUCUUUCUAUUACCCAUCGUAUGAUGUGUGUGGAUCUCGUCAUCUCCCUCGAUCAGUAAACAGACUUUCGCAUUCUUUCCUUACAUGUAAUUCCUCCUUUUGUGUAAUGUCUGCUGUUGCCUUAGCUUCCGUCACUUCCAGUUUUGUUGACUCGUCCAUUCAACAGCGACCAAGUUACCCUGACCAUAGUUAAUAGAGAAGAUGGUUUGGAAACUCAUUAGCAUUACAAUAAACCUCACUAUCUAUGUUUUUGUUCAGGUUUAUGCAAAAAUGUGGUCUUUCAUCGUCACGUGCGUAUUGUGUUUUUGCUCAACCAGCCAAUAGCAACGGUUUUGUCCAAUUGCCCAUUCAUGACUUUAACAAUAGGACAUUUUGAACAUUCCUAUUGGUUGACUUGAGAAAAAUACAAUACACACGUGACGAUGAAAGACUACAUUUUUGCAUAAACCUGAACACAUAGAUAAUGAGGUUUAUUGUGAUUUUAUUGUAAUGCUAACGAGUUUCCAAACCAUCUCUAUUAACUAUGCCCUGACAAAACUCUAACAAACUUUUCUUUCCAUUUCAAGGCUACAACUUUGCCGCUACGGUUACUGGGAACUUGAAUGCUGCAGCGAUUAGUAGCAUGUUCAAACAAGAGGGUUCGUUUCUACCAUCGACCAGCCUGGACGGCCCGCUAAAGGAAGCGAAGUUUGACAAAUUCGAGGUGAUAAAGCCUCGGAUACAAGCUAUAUUUGCCGAUGGAUAUGGCUUCCUGUUUGGUGGGUCUAUUCGAAUUCUGGAUUGGGAUCUUUUUGAUGUCAACAUACUCAUCAACAAACCCAACGAUUUGCCAACGACUGUCACGAUUGCCGUCUUUACCAAAACCUUUUCGAUCUCGAAAAUGUUUAAAGAUCUUUUUAAAAUGGAUAUAAGCGAUGUUCCAGUUCUGGGCAGCGCUGUAGUGCGAAAUCUCGCCUUGUCUCUGUCCACGGGUGAUGUCGACACGCCACUGACGGUAUUGGAUAUUGCUGACUCGGACGACAUAUUUGAAGUACCAUAUAGUAAAGGACUGAAGGUCAGUGGUAACUAUUAUUUUAAUAAAUUUUCUAUUUUUUAUUAUUUAAAUAUAUUAUUAAAAUUAUUAUUUAAUUUAUCAUCAAGAAUUCAAUUAUUAUUUGUUAAAAUAUUAAAUAAACUAUAAUUUAUCAUUACUUUUUUAAAUUUGAUGAAUAAAUUUUUAAGCCCAUCUCAUGCAAAGAGCGACUGAGGAUCUGAUCGUGGUCUUAUGUAAAGAGCGACUAGAAACAAUGUAACCGAAACGACUGAAUCACCCCGUUCCUUGUCUCAUUUAAACAAUCUCUUGCUUUUUAGUUUACCCUUUUUCGGUGGCUGACUGGGUUCUGAUCGGUUUUUAAAACAUAACCUCUGGUUUCCCUUUAGGUGUCCUUCGAAAUUCCAAUCGCGGAAAUUUACGUCGCCACUUCAAUUUUAAUUUCCCCAACUCUCAUAACUCUCACGAUUUCACAAAGCGGCGAACUCAACCUUGGUCAUGUUGUACGCGAAUUCGUGCCCAACAGCAACCUCAUCGUAACAACAGAAGGCGAAACGAAACUUAAGAAUUGGCCACAGUUUAUCCCCGAUCCACUGUCGAUUGCCCUGGUGUCUUUCCAUUUGGAAGCCAGCAAACCGACCGGCAGUUGGGCUUUAACGACAAUGAACAUGAAACUUAAGAUGACGGAUGUAAUCUCCCUGUUUAAUAAUAAAAUCCACUUUAGCGAUCUUGAGUUGGACCUAAACUAUGAAAAAGGAAAUGAUCCUUCGUUCUAUGGAGUUGUCUUAGGACGCGUUUCCUUGGGGCCUAAAGCUACUCCGUCCCCCACAGUAGACGUCCGUAUUCCGUUUCCGUUUAAAAACGAUGAGAUAUCCUUCACCUUUACUGACUUUAAUGUUAAAAGUGUCGUCGAGGCCUUAGCGGGUCGUGAUGUUUUCCCGAAAGAUUUUUCUGAGCUAUUCGAGAGCAUACAGUUAGAUAGUAUUGCCAUAGCAUUUGAUGAUCAGGGAUCGCUUAGUACAAUUUCGGUGGAUGCCAGUAUACCAGGACUAUGGCCUAUUUUUGGAGAUAUUUCAAUAGGGAAUGUGGCAAUACAUUUUGAAUAUGGAAAGGGGACGGCUGGUGAUGAUGGUGCUGGCGAAUCCAGCUCCGGAAGCACAUGGCGUGUUGUUGUGAGCGGGCAGAUUGUCAUUGCAUCAUGUACAAUUACGAUAGAAGCCGAUCUCGGAACCGAUCUUUUUAGCUUGUCCGCCGAGGGUGCCGAAUGCUCUGUUUCCGUUGGCGAUGUCUUGGAAAAGAUUGGUCUAAAUAGAAGAAUGCUGCCGUCCAUGAUUUCUGGGUUUACGAUCUCCGAUCCGAAACUGCGCGUCAUGUGGCAACGAACUGGAGACAAUGCCGGUUCAAAGUCAAUUGCAUUUGCAGCAACGACAAAUCUUUUCCGCGAAAGUCAGGUAUGUACGAAAAGACAUGAGUUUUUAUUUGUUUUCUUUUAUGUAAAACAUGACGUAUAUUUGUGUUUACAAAGCAAAAUUGAAACCCACUAGUGUAUUGUAUCAGUAUUAUUAUUAAUAGUAGUAUAAAGGAUGGAAACAGAUAAAGGUUCUUAUCCUUUAGGUCGAACUUGCAUUGAUACGUCAUGGUGGAAGAACCGCUGUGAUCGCUGGUUUUGCUGUGCAAUCUGAUGCAAUUUCGGAAAUAAGCUUCUUGAAUUCACUUGGUUUGUCAGAUGUUGCUGUGGUGUUUGUCAGCGAGAGGAUACCUAUCUCGCCGUACGAGUUCAUUAAUCCAUCGUUCCAAAGUUAUAUUCCAGAUAUACCGGAAUUUCGGGGAAUUACAAUCUAUGCAAGAUUUGUGCCGAAAGCUGACAAUAUGCUGGGGUUUAUGUUGCGUAAAGGUAGGUGAUAGUAAGGAUGGUGGGAAAAAAAAUAAUGCCUUUGUUUUGUUUACCGGUGCUACGAUUUAUUUCAAAUAUUUAUCACUGAAUAUUGCAUGUAAAUGCAAAUUUCGCAAGGCUAUAUUAUCCGCAUUUUACAACAUUUCGCAACGAAAUUGUGGAAUAUUAUUAAUUUUGUGAUGCUCUUUCAAGCUGUGAUGAAAUUUUUGUCUAGACUUGUUUAAAUCAAAAUUUAGUCUACAAUGCAAAUGGUCCAAACUUCGACAAAAACCUCUCCCUUGUCCUUUAUAUAACACUCCAACUAAUUCCAUUAUAUAUUCAGGAAUAGAAAAGGACGGCGACCUUGAGGCAGGCGGAGGCAAUGAGCCUGAAAUAAUUGUGAAAAUUUCCUUUCCCGCACUUGUAUUUGAGUUGGAGAUAAAUCUGGGCUCGGACGGUCUUCAAAUUGGUGACGUUUCUGGAUGGCGAUUAACUUAUAUGAAGUUAAUAAUCAGCAAACGACUUAUUGGUUUGUCGCUUCAAUGCAAGGUCAAUAUGGAUAACAAGAAUCCAGAUUCCAUCGACUCCACCUUUACUGGCGAAGUGACGGUAAGUUUAUAUACGUUUGGGAGAGGUUAUCUUAUUGUCAGUCGACCGCGACUAAAGGGCAAACAAAUUUCAGUCGGUGCAAUCGUCAAUGAACUGCUUCACCAACCCACAGUCCAUCCACAAGCGAAUGACAGCAUAAUCGCAACUUCGUCGUAGCCCAGUCGCAACUAAACAGCUUCGGCUUUUAAUAACACGACCACCAAGAGUGGAGAACUAUCUAAUAUAAAUAAAGUUCAUUUAGUUUAAGUUUACUUUUGUAGUAACUCUAGUCUAUAAACUGAUGGCCCUUGUUGGAAUGAAGAAGAACACGGUUUAGAACUUAUACAGCUACUAGAAAUUCAUGCAUGCACCAACCCCUUGCUUUUUCUUAAAAGAGUGGUUAUAAUUCCAAACUAUUGCUUCAGCAAGAAGUAUUUCAUCAUUAGAAACAACAAUAGUUUCUAUAGUAACAAAAAAACAUUUUUAAUUUUAUAAACUACAAAAUUUUUGAAUUCAACAAAAAGACAAAAGAAUUUUAAAACAGGGAUAAAAUUUUUAACUGUAGAAUCAUUGACUUUUAAAUUCUAGAAUGUAUAGUUAUGCCUUUUAUAUACGGGAUAAUCAAUGAAUACAUACACCAACAAAACACGCCAUAAAAGAACGGGAAAACUCACCAUCACUCCAUCAGAACAACUUUCCCCAACGACAAUAGCGGGGCUUUUCGGAGCCAAGUAAGAUGGAGUUUUGAAGGGCUUAUUGCUGAUCUCUACCUGGGUUUUUUUUACCUAUACUAAAGCACAUUAUUUUUUCUUAUCCACAGUUCACUUUCACUGGUACAAUCACUAUAUCUCUACUCUGGGAAGGCGAGUGGAACAAUCCGUUUGGAAUAAGUAGACGUUUAACUAUCCGUCGUAUGGGCUUGGCUCUUGGUAUAAAUCUUGCUACUUUGGUUCCGAGUUUUGGAAUAACGGGUGCAAUUAGUGUGGACGUUCCCAGUGAGGCUGGUAAACCACCAAUCGAUAUAGAGCUGACCCUAUGUAUUGAUCCAUCAGCUCCAGACCAAACCGUCUUUGAUCUCCAUUUUACACGACUUCUACUCGAAGACCUGAUUAAUCUCUUUGCUGGCAAGGUAGUAAAAUUGCCGAAAAAGUUGGCGGAGGUUGGCUUCCCCGAUCAGGUUCAAAUAUAUUUCUCCCUUUCAGGAAAUCCUAAUUGUUUCGGUAAAAGGUAAUUAAUUAAGUUCAAUUAGUAAAAGCCAGUGACCUAUUUGGAAAGUGCAUUCGCACUUUUUCCUAAUAACGUUAGUUCUGUGUUUGCUGAAACCAUUCACCGAUAAAACAAUUAUGACUCUUCUCGAUUACAGGUAUGAUCCUGGAGUCGAGAUCCAUGGCACGAUCCAGAUUCCUUUUCUCAAAAUUCGAGCCCGUAUCGAUCUUAGUAUUGCCCUUCCACCAUCGUCAUUUAGACUUGAAGCGAGUCUGGAGCUAGAUCCAAUCAUCUACCUUGGUGGUCUUAUUAAGGUGGUCGACGCUGAUACUGAUAGCAAAGGAGCACACAUGAAAAUGCGUAUAACUGAAAAUUUAGCUGAUUUGAUGAUUGAUGGCUCUUGCAGGGUAAGGCAAUUAAGUCACUAAUUAAGGUAGUAAUUAGCUUUUAGGAAAUUAAUAAUGUUACUAAGUAACUAACAAAAUAAUUAGGGUGCAAAUUAAUUUUGUUAUAGACUAAUUUAUGUUCUAGUGAUAUUUUCUGUGUUGGUGUAGUGUACUCAGGUGAAUAAGAUGCUUGUGGUGUUUUCAAGCCUGCCCGGUGUGGAUAUACACUCAGAGUAACAUCACAAGCAUCUUAUUUUCUAGUCAUUUUAAUGAUCGUUUAAUUAUCAUUUUAAUUAACUUACUUAAUUUACAAGCUAACUCGCUCACUGUAACUGUCUUAGUAGUAGCAAGCUAGGCUGCCUAAUCACGUAACUAUCUAAUUAAACAUUAAACUAAUCAAUUAACGCAACAUAUCUAUUAUUUUCCCCAGAUUGAAAUCUUUGGUGCGAUGAUUUCGGUGAAAUUACAAAUAGAUAGUACGAAAUUCUUCUUCGAGGGCAAAUUGAAUCUAUGGAAUUUGUUCCAAGUAUAUCUCUUGGUCGAUAUCUCGUUGGUCAGUACAUCGCCUAGCCUCCAUGUUAUUGGGGAAAUGCAGAACGACCUGUUUGCCAAGAUCAAGGAGAAAGCUACUCAAGCGAUCCGAGCUGGCGCUAAAGCUGUAAACGCGAAGAUCGAAGGAGCCCAAAUAAAGAUCAGAAAUGCUCAACGCGAGGUUGACAAACUUUAUAACUCCAUAAAGUAAGUUUGCGUCGAUCAUGAUUGAAAACGCAUUUAUUAAAACAAUCGUAUUUGGGUUGAAUAUAAGUGAAUACUGAAGCUAAACUGAGUUUACUGACGCUGGAUAAUUCGAUCUGUCAUUUCUAAACUAUUUGGGAAGAGGUUCAGUAGCCGUCUAUUACGUUUUAACUAAACUGUUUUUCCUAGAGGUUCAGUAUAAGUAUCACCUCUUAUUAAUCCAGUGUUACUGCAGGAGGAAACCUAAACUAAACUAACUUUAUUUAUACUGUAUAGUUCUAUCAGUUUUAAAUUGUUUUUCCUAGAGGUCCAGUAAGGAUCAUCUCUUAUUGAUCCAGUGUUACUGCAGGAGGAAACCUAAACUAACUUUAUUUAUACUGUAUAGUUCUAUCAGUUUUAAACUGUUCUUCCUAGAGGUCCAGUAAGGAUCAUCUUUUAUUGAUCCAGUGUUACCACAGGAGGAAACCUAAACUAAACUAACUUUAUUUAUACUGCAUAGUUCUAUCAGUUUAAACUGUUCUUCCUAGAGGUCCAGUAAGGGCGAUCUCUUAUUGAUCCAGUGUUACUUCAGGAGGAAACCUAAUUAUACUCAGAGAACUGCAUAUUGCAGGAAUCAAAAUCCAGCCCCUGAGGUGAUAGACGCAUGCCCUGGCCACUGUGACACCAACAUACCUUAGCGAUCAUUUUAUGUCUUAGUUACCACAAACGGAAGAUCGAGGAUGCAAAAAGAGAGUGCCGCAACGCACCAUGGUACAAGAAAUACAUCUGUAUUGGAACUGCAGGUAAACUAAUCUAUCAUGGUGCUAUUAUUGCUGGAUUGUGGAUUGCACAUGGCGUUGCCACACUUGUUCUGAAAGCUGCCGACUUCUUUUUGGAAGGCGUGAAAGGUAUUAUCAAGGUUAGUGCUUAUCAUUUAAUAUUUCUGAACGAUAAUACUGAUGAAUAUUCAUAAACGUGCUGAAAAAUAUAACAAGUAGUCAUUUAUAAUGUUCGUGCAGUAUUGUAGUUAAAUCCGCCAACCAAACUCGUAACCAUGGUUACACGCUACAUCGCAACGCAAGAUCUUAUUGUGGAUUUCAACUUCCUUUUCACUAAAAUGCUCCGAACUUCGCAAAUUUGUUCCAGAGUUUAAAGUGGAAGUCUAGUCCGUAAUGUAAACAAACGGUUUGUUUACAUUUUGAACUGCUGUAUUUUUUAAAAUAUGAUGUACUGUCUGAAUAUCUAACACCAUUUCGGUUCGUUAUUCUUCUAAAUGAAUAUGAAAUAGAGUUUAUGUUCAGAAAAAUUCGAAGUUUGGGCAAUGUUCACAUUAGAGGUCCUCACAUUGUUAUGAGCAGAACUGAUGCGCAGAACGGACUUGACUUCCCCUUUAAGAGCUCAUAAUGAAGUUCACAAAUCGGUUUGUAAACUGAGGAUUUGAUUAGCUGAUUUGAUUUAGUAUAUUCGCAAAUUUGUUGCAAAGUUCAAAAGUUCAUAAUGAAAUUAACAGGCAGGUUUGUAAACAAAGCCUCUGAAUUUCAUUAUGAACUUUGCAACGGCGAAGUUCGGAACACCUUAGUGCAAAGGAAGUUGAAAUCGACAAUAACUAAGGGAUAUAGAAACGUUUUUGACGUUUUGAGCAUAGGAUCUUGUAACUUAGUCUAAGCUAGCAUCCACAAUAAUUUCAUCAUCUGUAAUAAUGAUAAUCCAUCAAUAGCAAGUUUUAACUGCAGGUUGGCCAUUUGCCGCAUGAUGUUGCGAUGAUGAUAACCAACCUGUACCGUACGGAAUUUAACUCUAUAGUCUCAAAUAUUAAAAGCUUCUUUUUCCUAUGUUCUGAUUUAAUCAGUUCUUAUUUUCUGUUAUAGGUUGCAGCAUGGGUUCUUGAGAAGUUGGUGAAUGCGGCAUUGAGUAUCAUUGAUAUUCAAUAUGUUAGAUUUGAAGUUAGGAUGGAUGGGGUUACCAAGAUAUUCGAUUUUGUAAGUAAUCCAACUGACCUUAUUUAUACUGGAUAGCUCUGUUAGUUCUAAACUGUUCUUGACAGACGUCCAGUAAGAACCACCUUUAUUGAUUCAGAGAACGUAGAUUUAACUAACUUUAUUUAUACUGGAUAGCGCUAUCAGUUCAAAUGUUCUUCCUAAAGGUCCAGUAAGGAUCAUUUCUUAUUGAUCCAGUGUUACUACAGGAGGAAACCUAAACUAAACUAACUUCAUUUAUACUGGAUAUCUCUAUUAGUUCUAAACUGUUCUUCUUAGAGGUCCAGUAAGGGUCAUCUCUUAUUGAUCCAGUGUUACUACAGGAGGAAACCUAAACUAAACUAACUUCAUUUAUACUGGAUAUCUCUAUUAGUUCUAAACUGUUCUUCUUAGAGGUCCAGUAAGGGUCAUCUCUUAUUGAUCCAGUGUUACUACAGGAGGAAACCUAAACUAAACUAAACUUUAUUUAUACUGGAUAGCGCUAUCAGUUCAAAUGUUCUUCCUAGAGGUCCAGUAAGAAUCAUCUCUUAUUGAUCCAGUGUUACUACAGAAGGAAACCUAAACUAAACUAACUUCAUUUAUACUGGAUAUCUCUAUUAGUUCUAAACUGUUCUUCUUAGAGGUCCAGUAAGGGUCAUCUCUUAUUGAUCCAGUGUUACUACAGGAGGAAACCUAAACUAAACUAACUUUAUUUAUACUGGGAUAGCUCUGUCUGUUUUAAACUGGAGUUCCAGUGAAAGUCUUUAUAAUUUGGGGAAGUUUAAUAAAUAAAAACAAUGAUUUGUCAUUGUUUAUAGAAAGCAAGAAUUGUUAUUAUGGGAUGGACCUUUACUCCAGAAUUCCGCAUCGACUUCAGCAGCUCAAAGAAAGCCAACAGCGGUAUCAACUCCGCCGGCCAAUCAAUCUCUGAUAAAACCAUGGCCAAGGUCAAGAAGUAAAGCAACUAUCUGGAAUUUUUUUGCGACUUUUUUUUUCACCAGUUGAGAAGUCGCAUGGAGUGAUGUGUGCAUGGUAUUUCAUUAUUUAACUUAUAUUUCUUUCAUUAAAAGAGUUUACUGUUUUGUUUAUUAUUAAAUCAACAGUAUAUUAAUCUAUUUAAUAUAUAAUUAUGUC